UUUCUUGCGGUUAUGACUUCCUUAUAACCAUGCCAUCAAGCUCCAGCGCAGCGAUCGUCAUCGACGAUGAUUCAUUUCGGCCUCCGCCGGCGAUGAUCUCUGGCGAUUUAUCGGCUUCUAACAACUCAAUGACUCAGGCCUUCGCUUUCUCUUCCGGAAACCCUAGAAUCGAAGAGACACGUGGUGUCAUGCAUCUCUUCAACAACGAUAUCGACGACGGCAGCGGCGUCUUAUCAGCUUCUUCGUCCAAUCACAAGCUACCUGUGGGAAGGAAACCUCUUGUCUGUGUGCUUGGAGUGCCAAACCACAUGACAUAUGCAGAUUUUUGUCAGUUUUGUGCUUUUUUUAUCCAAAAUAUAUUGGAGAUGCGCAUUGUUAGGAAUGAUGGGAUGGAGGAUCAAUACAGUAUUUUGAUAAGAUUUGAUAGCCAAGACUCUACAGAUAAAUUCUAUCAGCAUUUCAAUGGUAGACAAUUUAAUUCUCUGGAGGCAGCUGUUUGCCAUGUGCUUUUUACAGUUGACGUACAAUUUACUGGCUAUAGUGGUUCUGUUGAUACACAGCCUGCUCCUGCUAGCACAACAGAGCAGCCUUCAUGUGCAGUUUGUCUUGAGAGGUUAGACCAAGACACAAGUGGAAUUCUCACAACUAUCUGCAAUCAUUCUUUCCAUUGCUAUUGUAUUUCAAGAUGGACAGAUUCUUCUUGUCCAGUUUGCCGGUAUUGCCAGCAGCAGCCUGAAAAAUCAAUAUGUUUUGUCUGUCAAACUUCUGAGAACUUGUGGAUGUGUGUUAUAUGUGGUUUUGUAGGCUGUGGGAGGUAUAAAGAAGGGCAUGCUAUAAUUCACUGGAAGGAAACAGAACACUGCUAUUCACUUGAAUUGGAAACACAGCGUGUUUGGGAUUAUGCUGGCAAUAAUUAUGUUCAUAGACUAAUUCAAUCCAAAACUGAUGGAAAGCUAGUUGAGCUGAAUUCUUAUUGUACACAUACUAAAGAUAAUUUUGGAAGCUGUGAUUGUGAUUUUGGAGCUAGUGAGGCUCUUUUAAACAGCAAAGUUGAAGCAAUUGUUAACGAGUAUAAUGAACUCCUGGCCACCCAGCUUGAGAACCAAAAAUUAUAUUAUGAGAGCUUGCUACAAGAAUUCAAAGAAGAAACUGAAAAAAGUACUUCUGAAGCUAUUAAUAAGGCUAUCUCUAAAAAACUGCAGAAGAUACAAUCCAAGUUGGAUAGAUGUGUCGAAGAGAAGAAAUUGCUUGAUGCUCUCAAUGAGAGUCUUUUGAAAAAUCAGGAGAUAUGGAAAGCAAAGAUAGUGCAAGUUGAAGAGAGGGAGAAGAAGGCUUUGAGAGUGAAGGAUGAUAGAAUACAAGAGUUGGAAAAGCAGCUAGCAGAAUUGAUGGCAGAUCUUGAAGCAGAGAAGACACUGGAGCAAUUAUCAAUAUCAGAUGAAAUUAAAGAUGGUACUGUCUUGCCAAUAUCAGUUGAGUCUUCUACGAGUAAUGGUGUCAAUGUAAAGAAGGGAAAAAAGUCAAAAAGCGAGAGAAGAGGUUGAAUAUAGAGAAUGGACGGACUCAUGUUUGGAAGGCGUUGCUCAGGUUUUGGACAUCCAGUGGCCAGCUUAGCUGUUAUCCUUCUCUUUCAUUUUGCAAAUUCUGGAGUCAUUACUGAAACUUUUAUGAUGCCCCUGCCAUGGAUACGGAGAUUAUCCAUUUUCGUCAACCAUAUAUGUUUUGUUCUUGGAGUGAAACUGAAAAACAGUAUAGAUGUCUUCAUAUUUUGACUUAUACUGCAAGAACUCUCAAGAUUUCCUCUGAUGAGAACCUUCACCUCCAGCUUUGUGGAUAUGAUGGAUACAGGUCGGGCAUGUCUCAAGUACAGACCCGGGAGACUGCCCAUACAUCUAAGUUAAUGCAUUACUCCUCGUUCCAUGCGUGCUGUUAUGGGGACUGAAUUCUUUAGACUAUGCAUUGUUGAUAAGUAUUGAACUUCUGUAAUUGGUUUUCUUGUUGUGUUUUAGGUCACAUUUGUUAUGAUGAGAUACCAAUAGACUGAAGGUGUACAGAAAUUUAGGUAUUUCAAUUGUUUACAGCAUAAUGUUAGUGAUUGAAAUGACAAAGAUUGUUGGGUUUGUAUAUUGAA